AACAAAUAUACUUGUUUCAAGUUUCCAAGUUUUCCUAACUUUCCAAAUAAGCUCAUUUCUCCCAACAAUCGAGAGAAAUCAUAGGAAACUAAAAGUUUAAUAAAGAAAAUAUUAAAAGCGAUGGCUUUAAUAUCUAUGAAGACAACCAUUUGGUCCGUUAUUCUGUCGGUUAUGAUCUACACAUUGAGCGCCAAUAGUAUAGGAAGUGAUGGCAGUGAGGGUCGCAACAAAGUCUCGCUAACUAUCCAGGAACCAAUUGAACAGAUUGGGAACGAGUGGUCAGAGUCGGAGUCAGACUCUCGGCGCUCAUCGCCAGUGAAGAAGUCGACGAUGUUAUUGAAUAAACUGAUGCACGCCUUGCAUAAGGCUCUCGACACAGACAACAAUGAAGAGGUGGACAAAGACACGCCCGACCCCGACGUCGUGCCAGUCGUUGUCGACAACUAUCCAAUGGAUUUGCACCGAAGGGGCGAGGAUAGGAUGACGCGCUACUGGCGCUGCUAUUUUAAUGCCGUCUCUUGUUUUUAAUGCCUGUCCAUCGCGAGCAUUCGUAUUAUGCUUAUUAUGCUUAUCAUUAUUAUUAUACUGUAUUAUUAU